UGUCAACUAAACGAGAGAGUGAAUAAAGACACAAAAAUGGCGUCCCCCAGAGAAGACGGUGAAUUGUUGGAAAGCUCCUCUAGUUCUGAUGAAGAAAAUUCUGAGGAAGAAGAUUCAUCUUCUGGAAAACCAGGUCAGAGUGCUGUAAAGUUCAAGAAUGACGGAAGUUUCCUGGAAAUGUUCAAAAAGAUGCAAGAGAGCAAUCAACAGUCUCCACAAGUACCUGCACCUGAGAAGAAAGACGUCACACAGUUGCAAAUGAAAAAUCCUGACAAUCCGUCUUCCCAUGCCGAUUCAUCUCACACAGAAAAGGAAGCCGUACCACCACAGCCUGCUCAGAAGAAACCUGGUCUCAUGUCCUUAGUUGGAAAACGACGAGGCGGCAAAUCCCUUCCCGUUGGAGUUGUAAAGAAGCAGAAACGACCAGAAGAAGAAGAAGAAAGUUGUGGGAAAACGGAUGCCUGGUCUCAGUACAUGAGUGAAGUGAAAAAGUACAAGGAACGACUUGGGGAUGAAGAGGAGAAAAACAGGCCCCUGGUUAAGUGAUUUUCAGACGAUUCCUUUCCGAUUGUAUUGCUUUGCUUCCUUGUGUGCGUCAAGAAUAAUAAAAACCGUGGAUGCUUUUCAAAUAA